AUGGCCUUCUACAUGCCAGCCUUGUGGGCGCCCAAUCUCUUCUAUGUGGCCUCGUCCAUCCUGAUCGGCUCCACCAUCGUCACAUGUCUCCUCAAGUUCAUCAAGCUCGACAUCAAGCCUUUCCUCUCUACAAAACCUGGCAAGGCUCUCGAGGCUAGCUUCCAGAGGACCUUCGAACGCUUCCUCAACAUCCUCUCCGUCUCAGACCCACUCAGUCCUCCGUCAAACCCCACCACCCUAUCUUCGCGAGGCUACUUGGAGAGUCUUCCUCACCGCCGUGGCUCUCGCCCUGAGGUCGAAGGCAUCAGUAGUCCCAUCCAGAAGACGCAACUUCCCCCAUGGGAACAAAAGGAUGUAGAGGACCGCCUCCGCAACCUGAUUGUCGACAUCCCCUCCCGUUACCCACAAUCCACCUACCUAGGCCGCUCCACGUUUGAGCCCGAGUCUCCAACCUCUCUGUACGCCCGCCACCGCGCCUUCAACGAGACAAAGUACUACGGGGAGAUCCUCAGUGCCAACACCGAAGAUGGUUUUAUUCAUUCAACACUCCAUCCUAGUGAUGUCAAGACGGUGAUUGAGAAGGGGUGGGGUCAAAGACAUCCCCUGUCCGGCCGCGUUGGGUCUCGGGUUAUGCGCUUCUUUAGCGCGAACCAGCCGAGCCCCGUCGAGGGCUCUCAGGUUCUGCUAUAUGCACCGAGGAACAAUGAAGACCUGGAAGUCAUCGAGAACAUCAUCAAUGCGGCAGUUUGGUGGGUCGGAGGAAUCGACAACAGAGUCGAUGACGAGAACUUUUAA